AUGCCGUCCGACAGCGAGGUGACCGAUGACCCUAACACGGUUGUCAUCCCGGUACCUGAUGAAAAAAGCGAUGGCGACAAGGCCACCUGGCCUCUGAACAGUCCUUCGGCGCAAUUCCAUUAUCGCAUGAAGGAUGAUAGCAGAUGGAGGAUGGGCCUAGCUGCGAUGUGGGUUGAGCAUGAAAAUGCUAAGGAAGAAGGUAUUAAUUACAUCCUGGAAAAAUUGCCUGAGGGUUAUGCUCUCAUGGAUCGACCCCGGGGGACCAACAGCGCAAUGCGUGACGCGUUCCUUUUUGGUCACCCCAGCGGCAAAUACUUCCAGUCCCGAGUCACUUUCUUCAAGCACUUUCACUGGUUGAUGACCGAACGUGUAAAACCUUGCGAGUGCGUUCCCUGUGCCAGACAAUCUCAAGGAUCUAAGAUCCGAAAGCGACGCACCAAAGCCGAGAUGGAGGCUGACAGGAAGAAGUACUCGCAACAGUGGUGGGACCCCCAGUGGCCUUGCACGGAGGAAGGCCCUGACUACUGGAAAGGCCACAUCAUGGACCUUAAGAAGCAUGGCAGGCUGGAUAUUGAAAUCAACCAUCCUUUCAACAGAGAUUGGGUAUUCAACCACGAGCUGCUUGAGAACGCUUUCAUCCGCUACACGCUUCAGCCCGGGUUCAUUCCCCGUCGUGGCGAGGUAGUCCUUUGGACCUGGUCCUUGGACGGCACUCUAGAAUGGAAUUCAGAAACCAUGACCAUGCAAAUCAAAGGCGGAGAUGGCAAAUGGCACGGCACUCCUGAAUGGCGCGCCGGUGUUGUGACUCAGGUUCCCGAAGAACCGAUCAGCUUCCUUGAUAUCGUUCAACUCACCAAGAAACAGAGGCCCGUGACAUACUCCGGGUUCCGGGUCGAAACACUUCCUCAUCCGAAUGAGGAUGAUAAAUCUUAUUCCCUUCAAUAUACUUACCUGCCGCUGAAGUGCAUCAAGCCUUUCCAUGCCUUUGAGCGAUUUCUUCAGAGCGUUCCCCGGGAAAAGUUCCAUCCUUCAAUUGAACAUGCCCUGACCACCAUGGCCUCUUACAGCUUGUUGCACUAUGUCCGAUUCAAGGGUGAAUGGCCAAAUGCCCGUAUUUUCUGCAAGGGAAUAUACAUUGGCCACGAGCUCAUCGCUGUCAAGGACACUGUCCGUCUGAAGCCCUGGGGAAUCACCGCGGAGGACCUGGAAGAAGUAGGCGAAACCAAGCAGUUCAAGAACGACCUCGUUUCAGACGUGAUGUUCGUCGAGCGCAUCUGGCUGCAGCUUGAGGACUGUUCUGCCGAUCCCAAAGAUGAGCAACUUGCCAGAUCGUGUGUGCCUUAUAUCGCUGGCAAAGUGUAUACUCGCGACCCGAACCGCCUUGAUCACUACAUGCCUUUCGCCAAAGAUCCUUUGCAAAAAAUGCACUUUAAUGAAGUCAUCAAUGCAUUCCAGUACGUCGGCAUGACCGGGUACGAAGGCAAUUGGUAUCGCAUCGCUGGCGGUAAGACCUGCAUCGUCACCCCAGGCAUGAUCCUCGGCCGUUGCUACGAGCCUGAGGCCACAAAUCUUCACUUUGGCAGCGAUUGUCUUGACUACGACCUGCACGACAUUCUGAGCGGCCGCCGGUAUUCGAUUAUGGCCGACAACCGUAUCGCCGAGGGGCUGAACUGGUUCUGGGGUGACUACCGCGUUCAAACUCUUGGUCUGGCCACUAUCAACGGCGUAGAGGUCGGGCCAGCCGCGGACCAACGCAAAGAACCCGAACGGUGGCAGGCGAUUUUACGGAUCUUAGCCGGUAGCACUGACCCCAUCGAUGUGAGACUUGCGCAGUUCCCCGGUGAAAAAAGCGCUGGCCGCACGCAGAAGAAGCCGUUCCGCGAGGUCAGCAAGAUGAGCAAGCUAGUUAGCUCUGGCCUGGGUGAUGUGAAUACCGAUGAAAAGGACGACUCGCAGGCGGAGGACGAUAGCGAGUCGGACCUUGCGGAUGUAGAGCUUAUGGCAUCUAUUCCGUUCCGUGAAAAUUAUGACGCCAAUGAUGAUGACUAUGAAGAUGAGUGA